CAAAAAAAAGUCCUCUGCUCCCUUUCUGGCUAGACGUGUCCUGAAGUCUAAUUAUUAUUACCCAGACUCGCCAGGUUCCUCCAGUCCGGCAUUUAAUCUCAUUAAUAUUCAUAAUCCCGAGCACGGUUCGCCGAGGCCGACUUCAAACAGCGCUGUUAAUAUUCAUGAGCGAGUAUUCCUAAUUUUGAAGCGCGUCGACCAAUCGCAGGAGACGCAAAGCCUGACGUCCCGUAUCCUAGGAGAUUUUUCCCCUUUGCCUUUAAGCCGUGGCCUCUGAUGCUCCGCGCGCGCUCCUGCGCAAAUCUGUGCCGGUUGCCUGGUCAACCGAAUGCGCGUGCCCUGCAAGCCGGUGUCGGGGGCGCGCAGUUGGGGGACUUAGCGGAGCAGCUCGGGCAAAAAAAAAAAAAUGAAUUAGACGCGAAGCUAAAACAAACUAUGACCGGAUUUGGUUUAUUCUGCGCAAAUGUAGAUCGUAACGUAUCGUUUUGGCGUCGGAGGGCUGUUUAAGCGAGCUCGGCGGCACUGAGGAUGAAGGACGUGAUGAAGAAGACCUGCUGUCACUUCUCGCGCGAAUGCUGAAGUCAAUUUAGAGACAAAUCUCGCUUUUGUCGAUUAAAGUUUAUUAGACUGAUGUUUCGUGCGGCUUGAGGGAGCAGGGACACCGGGUGCCUUUUUCGCCCAGUUUAUUGCUAGGAUAUAUUUAUUACACUUUUUGAAUUUUAACACGCAUGACCCCCUACAAGACGCGGCUUUUUCUUGUUAACUGCUUUUUCGUUUAAAAUUGGAUUUUUUAUUACUUUUUUUUUCUGUGGUAAAUUGUGGGUUGAAUUCAUUGGAGCUGAAGAGUUGGACCGUCCAGACGCCUUAAGCAUGUACGCGGGACGAAAAAGAAGAAAACCGGUGCAAAGAACGGUGAAGCAGUCCCCGGCCGAAGGGGUGAAGUCUAACCCGUCCAAGCGCCAUCGAGAUCGGCUGAACUCGGAGUUGGACCGGUUGGCCGGCCUGCUUCCGUUCCCGGAGGAGGUGACGAGCAGCCUGGACAAGCUCUCCAUCCUGCGGCUGAGUGUCAGUUAUCUGCGCGCUAAGAACUUCUUCUUCGUCGCUUUGAAAAACCACAGCUCCAAUGGUUUGUCGGCAAACAACAGUAACCAUGACAAGAGUAAAGCAACGGGAUUGGUUGAAGGCUGGCUGCAUGAGGGAGAGCUCCUGCUACAGGCUCUCAAUGGCUUUGUAUUGGUGGUCACCGCUGAAGGGAUCAUUUUCUACUGUUCUCACACCAUCCAGGAUUACUUGGGAUUCCACCAGACAGAUGUGAUGCAUCAAAAUGUGUUCGAACUCAUUCAUACUGAAGACCAGCAGGCCUUCAGAUGCAACUUGCACUGGGCCUUGAACCCACCUCCAACCAGCACGCAGACAGAAGAAUCCGCAGAAGAUGGAGAUCUCCCAAGUAUGUCGCUGGUGACAUGCAACCCUGACCAGCUGCCCCCCGAAAACUCCUCUUUCCUGGAGAGAAAUUUUGUCUGUCGCUUCCGAUGCCUCCUAGACAAUUCUUCAGGAUUCCUGGCCCUGAACCUUCAAGGACGUCUGAAAUUCCUGCAUGGGCAGAACAGGCGAUUGGAUGAUGGAGGCCAAAUGCCGCCCCAGCUCGCCCUAUUUGCCAUAGCAACACCCCUCCAGCCUCCUUCCAUUAUGGAGAUCCGAACCAAGAACAUGAUUUUCAGGACCAAACACAAGUUGGACUUCACCCCAAUGGCCUGUGAUGCCAAGGGUAAAAUCGUUCUUGGCUACACCGAGGCAGAGUUGCGAGUUCGAGGUUCUGGGUACCAGUUCAUCCAUGCAGCUGAUAUGCUGUAUUGUGCUGAGAACCAUGUCAGGAUGAUCAAGACUGGAGAAAGUGGCCUGACUGUGUUUAGACUGCUUACAAAGGACAACCGCUGGAAAUGGGUACAAGCUAAUGCUAGACUCGUCUACAAAAACGGCAAGCCUGACUACAUCAUUGCCACCCAGAGGCCACUUGUAGAAGAAGAGGGCGGAGAGCAUUUGAGGAAGCGAUCUAUGCAUCUUCCAUUUACUUUUGCUACUGGAGAAGCUCUGCUGUACCAAAUCAGCUACCCCAUGCCAGGCUUCCCCGACACCCUUCAAGGCAAAAGCAAGAACAACAAAACCAAAAAGAGCAAGGUGGACAAAAGUUCAAAGGAUGAUGUGGACCCAAGUUCACUUCUGGGAGCCAUGAUGAGACAAGACGAGUCUGUUUAUGUUUGCCAGCCUGCUAUGGAGCCUAGAAUGUCAUUCCACAGUAGUCUCUUCAGUGAGCAAGCAGAGACUAGUACCUUCUCUUCUUCUUCUGCGGAAAAUGAAAAUUGGAAUCCUGUGCAGAAUGGCAUAACUGCAGUCUCCAAACAGGAGCCAUCAAGUUUUGACCCACUACUGGCCACAUUAGACUCUCUGUCCCUGGAAAAUGAGGAAAGCUGCUCCAACAGUGAGCUAUUCACUGCCCUGGAAAACCUUGGGCUCAAUGCAGAGGACCUAGAAUUGCUACUUCUAGAUGAAAGGAUGAUCCAGGUAGAGAUGGAACCAGAUUACAUCCCAUCUUUGAACGAUCUUCUAACCAACAACGAAAUCCUUUCCUACGUCCAAGACACACUGGAGAACCGGAUCGAGAACUCGACAGAUACUCAAAACCCUCCCAUGGCAUUAGAUUCUGCUGAACCCCCUGAGCCAUGUUCUGCUUCCGAGUCAGCUUCUCAGAUUUCUUCCUCCAUGCCUGAUCCUCACGUUCCUUUCUGGCCACAAAAACAGAUAACACCCAUAGUUAAUCUCUCACAGCGUAUGCAGCAACAUCUCGAUGGCCAGACGGUUUGCCACAAAACCGAGAGCUGGAUCCAGGCACAAAUACCUCAGGUGUCUACAACAGACUCUGAGACAACUGCAUUUACCCAGCAUGAUACUUUAUUGGUAAACUCGGUAUCAGCGGUACACAAUGGCCACUGGGUCCCUGAACACACACAAGCCAACUUGAACUCUCAAUCUGUUGACAAGAUAACAGGAAUUAGUAAAGUACAAUCACAGCAAUGGCAGCACAACCAGUUGCUUGACCCAUUCCAGUAUAAACAAAAAACAGCUGUGGGCAGUGAUACCCCUCCAAACGGGGUCUACAAUGAUCCACAGUGGCAUGGAUACAACUUCACAGACCAGUUGGUCACAAAUGGACCUUGUUUUCCCAAUGGCCAGAUGGCACACACACAAACAGUGGGUACACAUGUUGAUUACAACAUAACCGACAAUUCAGGGGUGGAGUUUACAAUGAACAUCAGUACAGCUGGGGAUGCAGGGCAGUUUCAGGGAGCCAUGGCCUCGUCUUCGUCCUAUCAGCAAGUUUAUCAGAAACAGCAGCAGCAGCAGCAGCAGCAGCAGCCAAAGGUCGCACCCACUUAUUACGCCUCCUAUACCAAACAGAACUCCUCUCUGGAGCAUAUCUUGGGAUUAGCCCCACCUUCAAACCUUCCCUCAUUGACAAAUUAUAGCUCGGAACUGACCCAUGACGCCACCCACAGUAAGAUUGAGACGGGCUUUAUACUCAACUCUGCUAGUGUGGCCUACACAGGAAGUUGUUUGGUCCCCAACGGCAAUGCAGUGGCCACACCUGGCAACAGUCCCCACCUUCCUGAGCCACUCCCACCCCCAGACCCUCAGACCACUGGUUUCUACCUCUGAACACACUCAAUACAGAUCCGUCCGCAAAGAUGCCAUCAAUCAUGAGAACACUGUCAAAUAAAUAAUGCAAAAAUGCAAUUUCGAGGUUUGCUCAUCCACUUGAAUAAAUGAAUUUUAAUUUAAAUUAAAAUGAGCCAGACUGACCUCUAGAAUAUCAGUUGCUGAAUACUCCACCCAAGAUAGCGCUGUCAUUUAUAUUAAUUCAUUUGUGAAUUAUGCAUCAUUUGUCCAUUAAUGCUUUUUGAGACAUAGGGAAAUUUCUCCGGUUGGCGGAUGCAGUUGAUCAGUAUUUGAGAUGGUCCGUCUGGAUGUGUUUGUAUGUGUGCGUGAUGUCAGUUUCCAUUAAUUGGGCUUCAUUCAAAAUCGGUACCAAAAUUGUUUGCGCAACUUGCGAUGCAACGUCUGUAAAUCACGUAGGAGAACGCAACAUAUAGCUCUUACGAAACUGAUUGUCCUGAAACGCAGUAAAUGACUGAUGUUUAUAUGAACAGAAGGUUGGGAUGCAUAUAUAUUUAUGGGGAAAAGCAAGGGCGUUUACUGAAAGCCAGUAAUAAAGCAGUUUAGCAGUACGAAAAAAACAUGACACUCUUCCGUAGAUGUCACUUGUAGUUCUGAACCCUUCUCUCUAUUUCAUUUUGUGAGAUUAGAUUUUGGAAAGACGAUUCUAGAUCAAAUUCAACCUACCUUUUAGAUGCAGGUGUUCAUGUGUAUAGUGAAUCCAGAAGCAACCCGUUCUUGUGACGAACGCGUAAUCAUUUGUAAGAGUUAACCAGGUGAUUCAGAUAAAGGCGUAAAAUAAGUGGACUUGUACAUGUUGAUUUGUCUCAAUUACAGUAAAAAUUGUAUACAAACAUAAAAAAAAAAAAAAAAAAAAAAAAAAAAAAAUUAAAAUUAAAUAAAUAAAAGGGCAAACAUGUAAAAGAUAUAAAAAUUUUAUCAUGGUUGAGUUAUACAAACUAGUAUAAUCUAUUACGAUUAUUAAUACGGUUAACUGAAAUUAUUAUGCGUUUGAAGUGAGACCAUGUUGUCCAGAACUUAAGCUUUUCAAAAACCAGGUUUGUUUUGUCCGUGAAAAGAGAUUCUGGAAGCUGAAAUUGUUGAAUGUGUUUAG